CAUUUCAAUCUGUUUUAUACCUGUAAAAAACAUGGCGCUUAGCAAAGCUGAUUGGCAAACUCCUGCACCAUUAUGGCAAAAUGGUCCAGUACCUGGUGCAUUUUAUCAUUUUCCAGGAAGUUCUACGCAUUUCGAAGUUGGAGGAUUCCAAAGAUCACAAGCACCAAUGACAACUGGUACAUCUGUAGUUGGAAUUCAAUUUAAAAAUGGUAUUCUCAUAGCAACAGAUAUUCUUGGAUCAUAUGGAUCAUUGGCUAGAUAUAGAAAUCUUGAACGUGUGAUGAAAGUGAAUGAUAAUAUUAUCCUUGGUGCAGGAGGAGAUUAUGCUGAUUAUCAAUGCUUAAAAAGCCACAUUGAAAGAAAAAUUGUUGAGGAAGAAUGUCUUGAUGAUGGUUUAUCUUUAAAACCAAAAGCUCUUCAUUGUUGGUUAACUCGAGUAUUAUACAGUAGGAGAUCACAGUUUGAUCCAUUUUGGAAUAAUUUUAUUAUUGGAGGUUUAGAAGGGGAUAAAUUAUUUUUGGGUACUGUGGAUAAACUUGGUACAGCCUAUAGUGAUCCAGUAAUUGCAACUGGAUAUGGUGCAUAUAUGGCAACACCUAUUUUAAGAAAAGCUUAUGAAGAAAAUAAAGAAAUGAGUAAAGAGCAAGCAAUUGAACUUUUGUAUAAAGUAAUGCAAGUUCUUUAUUACAGAGAUGCACGGUCUUUUCCAAAGUAUCAAGUUGGAAUAAUCACAAGGGAAGAAGGUGUUGAAAUACAAGGACCAUUAACUUUAGAUAGUUAUUGGGGACCUGCUAUUAUGUAAAAAUAAAUAUAAAUAAUUUUUCUUAAUAAAAAUAUCUGUAACAAUUCUAAA